UGGUUCAACAUUUUUUUUUAAACUUUGGACUGCCAAGAGCUGAAGGAGAGUGGUGAGCAAAGGAAUGAAGGGGAGAGAGAGAGAAACUAAACUGGAAGCUUGAGUUUUGUGUUGCCUCUUGAAACCUUAUGAAUGGAUUACUAGCAGCUGGGAGCCAGGAGAGACCUAUAGGGGAUGGAAGAUCCUUCACAUUUAAAGGGGCAGAAAAGCAGGCGGAAUUCUUCCUUGAUGUGUUAUCCCUCCUUCCUGAAAUGAAUGGGACCCACAAGGCUCCCAGAAGGUGAAGUCAAGGGCUCUCAGACUCAUUUGGUCAGGAGAAGAGCAGACUGGCAACCAGAGAACUUUACAGAGACUUGCAACAUACCAACAAGUUGGACGGGGAUAAUUCUCUUCAACCAUCAACCACCCCGAGCCCCAAGCUGAGGGAAACUUAACCUGCCCAGGCAGACUGCAAGCUGGAUGGGGACCUGGCUGAGGACAUCUGGACAGUGAAAGUUAAGUACCAGCUUGGAUUUUUGUGCCCCCCCCAGAUUAGUUUUGCAUUUUUAGAUCACAAACAUCAAAUUGUAUUGUUGGAAAGUUUUUUUCCAGCAAAUUGUUUGAAGCUGAACAUAUUUUGGGGAAAGGGAGGUGAACAGAGAUGAUAAAUGCCAGGGAAGAAAGAAGAGAAGGGAAGGAACGUUAGAGAAUAAGAUUUUGAAUGACUUCAGAUUGUAAGGCAUAUGCAUUUGCCAGUGUGUAUUUGAGAGAUUUUUGGCUUCUGUCAUACUCCUCUAGUAUCAGAGAGGGGAGGAGUUAUUGAAGAAGAAGAAAAAAAGACACAGGAAAGAAACCUGAGGUCGCUGGGUGGAAAGUCAAAGUAGGAGCAAUUCACUUCAUUCUUUCAGGACUAAAUUAGAGCAAGAAGAGAGGUCAAGGGAGAAGGUAAGGGAGGUACACUCCCUGGGACUGACAGACAGGCCACGCUGGGCUGGAGGAGUUUCCAGCACAGGUAGUCAGAAGAGCCCUCUUUGGGGGCUACUUGAAAAGUUUAGUUUGUAAAAAAAUACAAAAAACAGUUUCCCUGGUGCCUGCCAAUCCACUGCUAGCUGUCUUUUCCUCUUCUCUCCUGAAUUCCUUGGUGGUACCCAGAAGUUGAAUUCUGAUUCCCUAGGAAGAGCUGAGGGAGAUAUGAUGUGUUUGAAGAUUCUGAGGAUAAGCCUGGUGGUCUUGGCUGGGUGGGCUUUCAGUCCCGCCAGUGCUGAGCUGGGCCGUACACGCAGGGAAUCCUUGGCCCAGAGAGGACACCUGAAUCAGGGGCUGUUGGAAGGGGAACGCUGUUGGCUAGGGGCCAAGGUUCGACGACCCAGAACUGCUCCACAGCAUCACCUCUUCGGGGUUUACCCCAACAGACCAGGCAAUUACCUGAGACCCUACGCUGUGGGGAAGCACGCAGGCCUCAGUAAAGCAGGAGCCCCAGCCACAGGGGGACAGGGUCUGAGCCUGCUUCCCCGAGACCUGACUGAGAAAGCAACAGGAGUGAGGAGGGCGGCUGAGCAGCCAGCUGCCCGGUGGGUAGGGGAUGGUCCUAUUGGGCAAUUGGGACUGCUGAGAGAUGAUGACACUUAUCUUGGCAACGGUGGAUCCAAGGAGUCAUCUGUAGGUGAGCCUGAGACUGCGGGAAGCGCAGCAGACACUGCCUCCUCCACUACCACCAUCGUUGCCCACCCAAAGGAACCCACAGCAGGGAUCCAGGCCGAAGGCCAGGUCAGGCCCAGGCGUCCUCGCCAAGUGGUAGAGAUGCAAACAGAAGAUGUGCUGGGAGACCCCCAAAAUGCUCCUCUACAUUUCCAACCUUGGCCUAAGGACCCCCUUAAGCACGGAGAUAAUGACAGUCCACUGGAGAGCCCCAUCCAAAAUGGUGGCGGGGGCUCCGAGUGGGAAGCAGAGACCUUUAACCCCCAAGGAGGACUGCCUGUCUUGUACUUCUCUGGGAGGCGGGAGCGGCUGCUGCUGCGUCCACAAGUGCUGGCUGAGAUUCCCCGGGAGGCGUUCACAGUGGAAGCCUGGGUGAGACCGGAGGGAGGACAGAGCAACCCAGCCAUCAUUGCAGGUGUGUUUGAUAACUGCUCCCACACGGUCAAUGACAAGGGCUGGGCCCUGGGGAUCCGCUCAGGGAAGGACAAGGGAAGGCGGGAUGCUCGUUUCUUCUUCUCCCUACGCACCGACCGUGUGAAGAAAGCCACCACUGUGACUGGCCACAGUCGCUACCAGUCAGGCACGUGGACUCACGUGGCUGCCACUUACAAUGGACAGCGCAUGGCACUGUAUGUGGAUGGCACUCAGGUGGCGAGUAGUCCUGACCAAUCUGGUCCCCUGCACAGCCCUUUCAUGGCAUCUUGUCGCUCCUUGCUCCUCGGUGGAGACAGCUCCGAGGACGGGCACUAUUUCCGUGGGUACCUGGGCACACUGGUCAUCUGGUCUACCGCCCUCUCACAAGCCCACCUCCAGCACAGUCCCCAACAUCCAACUGGGGCAGAGGAGUUAAGCACUCUGAUCCUGACAGCCACCUUUGACCCUCUGAAGGAACAGUGGGUCCCCUUCAAAGAUGAGAAAUAUCCCCAGGUGGAGAUUCUCCAGGGCUCUGAGCCACAGCCUGAAAUUCUGUCACCUUUACAGCCCCCACCUUGCGGGCAGACAGCUUGUGACAACGUGGAACUGAUCUCUCAGUACAAUAGGCACUGGCCCCUUCGCGGGGAGAAGGUGAUCCGCUACCAGGUGGUGAACAUCUGCGACGACGCGGGUCUGCAUCCCACGGUGAGUGAGCAGCAAAUCCGCCGGCAGCACGAGGCGCUCAGUGAAGCCUUCAGCCGCUACAACAUCAGCUGGCAGCUGCAUGUGCACCUGGUCCACAACUCCACGCUGCGCCACCGGGUUGUGCUUGUGAACUGCGAGCCCAGCAAGAUUGGCAACGACCACUGCGACCCCGAGUGUGAGCACCCGCUCACGGGCUACGAUGGGGGCGACUGCCGCCUGCAGGGCCGCUGCUACUCCUGGAACCGCAGGGACGGGCGCUGCCACGUGGAGUGCAACAACAUGCUGAACGACUUUGACGACGGGGACUGCUGCGAUCCCGAAGUGACUGAUGUGCGCAAGACCUGCUUUGACCCUGACUCGCCCAAGAGGGCAUACCUGAGUGUGAAGGAGCUGAAGGAGGCCCUGCAGCUCAACAGCACGCAUUUCCUCAACGUCUACUUCGCCAGCUCUGUGCGGGAAGAGCUCGCAGGUGCUGCCACCUGGCCUUGGGAUAAAGAAGCUGUCAGUCACCUGGGUGGUGUUGUCCUCAAUCCGGCUUAUUACGGCAUGCCUGGCCAUACCAACAUCAUGAUCCAUGAGGUGGGGCAUGUCCUAGGGCUCUACCAUGUCUUCAAAGGGGUCAGUGAAAGAGAGUCCUGUGAUGACCCCUGCCGAGAGACAGUGCCAUCCAUGGAGACAGGUGACCUCUGUGCUGAUACAGCUCCCACCCCCAAGAGUAAGCUGUGCCAAGACCCAGAGCCUGCUAAUGACACCUGUGGCCUUACCCACUUCCCAGGGGCUCCAUUCAGCAACUACAUGAGCUACACAGAUGAUGAGUGCACCGACAGCUUUACCCCUAACCAAGUGGCCCGAAUGCAUUGCUAUUUGGAUCUUGUAUAUCAGCAAUGGAGUCAAAGCAGAAAGCCCACUCCCAUUCCCAUCCCACCCAUGGUGGUCGGGCAGACCCCUAAGUCCCUCACGAUCCACUGGCUGCCUCCUAUUAGUGGAGUUGUGUACGACAGGGCCCCUGGCAGCUUGUGUGGCUCCUGCACUGAAGAUGGGACAUUUCAUCAGUAUGUGCACAAAGCUUCCUCCCGACGGGUAUGCGACUCUUCAGGUUACUGGACCCCAGAGGAGGCUGUAGGGCCUCCUGAUGUCGAUCAGCCCUGUGAGCCAAGCUUGCAGGCCUGGAGUCCUGAGCUCCACCUCUACCACAUGAACAUGACUGUGCCCUGUCCCACUGAAGGCUGUAGCCUGGAACUUCUCUUCCAACAUCCAGUCCAAGCUGACACCCUCACCCUCUGGGUCACUUACCUGUCCAUGGAUUCCUCUCGGGCACUCUUCGACACAGAGAUCUUGCUAGAACACAAGGAGUCUGUGCACCUGGGUCCCUUAAACACUUUCUGUGACACACCACUCACCAUCAAACUUCACGUGAAUGGGAAGGUCUUGGGGGUGAAAGUCUAUACCUUUGAUGAGCGGAUGGAAAUUGACGCAGCUCUCUUGACAUCCCAGCCCCAUAGUCCUUUGUGCUCUGGCUGCAUACCUGUGAGGUACCAAGUUCUCCGUGAGCCCCCCUUUGCCAGUGGCUUGCCCAUGAUGGUGGCACACCCUCGCAGGAAGUUCACUGACGUGGAGGUUACACCUGGGCAGAUGUACCAGUACCAAGUUCAAGCUGAAGCUGGAGCAGAACUUGGAGAAGCGUCACCUCCUCUGAACCACAUCCAUGGUGAUCCAUACUGUGGAGAUGGGAAGGUAGCAAGGAGCCUCGGGGAAGAGUGUGAUGAUGGAGAUCUGCUGAAUGGAGAUGGGUGCUCAAGAGCUUGCAGACUAGAAGAAGGCUUCAGAUGUGAGGGGGAGCCAAGCCUUUGCUACAGGUAUGAGGGAGAUGGAAUUUGUGAGCCUUUUGAGAAGGAAACCAGCAUCAAAGACUGUGGCCUCCACACUCCUGAGGGAUACUUGGAUCAAUGGGCUACACAGGCUUAUUCCUCUCACGAGGACAAGAAGAAGUGCCCUGUUUCCUUGGUCACAGGAGAACCUCGUUCCAUGGUUUGUACUUCAUACCAUCAUGAUUUACCCAAGUACCAUCGCCUGACAGCCUGGUUUCCUUGUGUCACCAGUGGGGAAAGUCGUCAAGAUGAUGGGAGUGAGCAGCCAGAUGGUAGCCAGCAGAAGGAAGAUGAGGUGUGGCUCGAAGUAUGUUUCAGUAGACCAGGAGUUGCCACAGAAAUUUUUCUUUUCUUGGCAUCUGAUGGCCGGGCUCCUGGGGAGCAUCCACAGCCAACAGUUACCCUCUACCUGACUGAUGUCAGUGGAAGCAACCACUCUCUUGGAACCUAUGAACUAUCCUGCAAACAUAACCCACUGGUUGUCAAUGUGACCCGUCAUGUACAUGUCCUCUCCCACCGUGCUGCCUCUCUGCUGCUGAACUUUUCAUCUGCACUGGUGGGCAUCUCAGCGGUGGCUCUAAGGACAUCUUCCCACAGCAGUUCUUCAGCUCUCAGUGACUGUAUUCAAGAGCAAAGCCAUCAGGGAAAGAGCUGUAUCCAUCGGCCCUGUGGGGAACAGGGAAGCUGUGCACCAUUGCUGCUUGACCAUGCAGAUGUAGUGAAUUGUACCUCUAGCGGCCCAGGUCACAUGAAAUGUGCUAUCACCUGCCAGCGAGGAUUCGCCCUUCAGACCAGCCAUGGCCAGUACCUCAGACCCAUCCAGAAGCAGAUUCUCCUCACUUGUUCGUCUGGGCUCUGGGACCAGGAUGUGAGCUGCCAGAGGCUUGACUGCGGUGUCCCUGACCCAUCCUUGGUGAACUAUGCAAAUUUCUCCUGCUUAGAGGGCACAGACUUUCUGAAACGCUGUUCCGUCACAUGUGUCCCACCAGCCAAGCUUCAAGGACUGAGCCCGUGGCUGACCUGUCUUGAAGAUGGGCUCUGGUCACUCCCUGAAGUCUACUGCAAGCUGGAAUGUGAUGCUCCCCCAGUUAUUCCAAAUGCCAACCUGCUCCUGCCUCACUGUCUCAGGGGCAGCCACGAUGUGGGCACCAUCUGCAGAUACGAAUGCAAACCAGGCUACUACGUGAUGGAGAGUGGGAGAAGUCAAGUCAGGAACAAGUUCUUGAAGAUACAGUGUCUAGAAGAUGGAAUCUGGGAGCAAGGCAGCUGCAUCCCAGUGGAGUGCGAGCCCCCUUCUCCUGUCUUUGAAGGCAUGUAUGAAUGUACCAAUGGCUUCAAGCUGGACAGCCAGUGUGUUCUCAACUGUAACCAGGAAAGCAAAGGGCCUCCCAUCUUCUGUACUAAAGAGGGGAUGUGGACCCAGGAAUUCAAGUUGUGUGACAACCUGACAGGGGAAUGCCCACCACCUCCCUCAGAACUGAAUUUUGUGGAGUAUAAGUGUGAACAUGGAUAUGGAAUUGGUGCAGUGUGUUACCCUUCAUGUGUCAUCCCCCCCAGCGACCCUGUGAUUCUGCCAGAGAAUGUGACUGCUGGCACCCUGGAGCACUGGAUGGAACCUGUCAAAGUGCAAAGCAUUGUGUGUACCGGCCAGCGUCAGUGGCACCCAGACCCCUCCCUGGUCCACUGCAUCCAGUCAUGUGAGCCUUUCCAAGCAGAUGGUUGGUGUGACACUAUCAACAACCGAGCCUACUGCCGCUAUGAUGGGGGAGAUUGCUGCUCUUCUACACUUUCCUCUAAGAAGGUUAUUCCAUUUGCUGCUGACUGUGACCUGGAUGAAUGCACCUGCCGAGACCCCAAGGCAGAAGAAAAUCAGUAACUGUGGGACCAGAGAGAGAGUCUCCCACAGCAGGAAGCAAGGGGCAAAUGAAAACGGGUCCUGUGGUGGGAGGAGAGCCUGUAACAGGUCCUUUAAGAAAUGCAAGAGUGUUUGUAGGUGGCAUUGAAUGCAUCAAGUAGCUCAAGUAGGGAAGAAUUGUAGACAAACGUUUCUUUAAAGGAUAGAUGAUUAAAAGUGGAGGAAGAAAUGGCAUAAAUAAGACCUUACUUUCCUAUCUAUAUUCUACUCCACUUCACCCCCAACUCUUGCCCUACUCCUCGCCCUCUAUCCUGCAAACCAGUGUCAAAACACUAGAAGAGAAGUUGCCAGAGACACUCUGCUAAUACCCGUUUUGGAUGGAUUAGUCAUCUUUCCAGGCUCGUCUAUCCUGAAGAGGCCCUUCGCCUUUCUUUUGUGUAGUCUCUCUUAAAUAAUGAAGUUAGUUAUUAAGUCUUUAUAAGUAUUUAAACAUAAUUAUAUAAAUAUAUUAUAUAUUAUAUUUUUUGCUGUUUACUAAGCUAAAAAAGUAUCCAUCAUUCCACACAUGCUGCUGUGAAGUUCAUGUCCAAAAUGGAUGAUGAGGCUUUGAGGACAGAAAGACAAGUUCUGCCUUCUUUCUUCAUAUAGGAAUUGGCAGGUUGAAGGGGAAGUGGAGAGGAGGAAAGAGAAGAUAGAUAAAAUUCUGGUUGCCAACAUGUCAGCUAAUCAUUUUUAAUGACCUGGGAGCUAGUCAUACCAAAAGGAACUGGGGCUAUAAUUCUCAUACCAAGAGGCAUGGAAAGUCAGGUGUAAGAACAGAACCCACUGGUGAUGGAUCCAGGAACUAGACCACAGUUCUUAAGUACCUAUCAACAAAGAGCAUAUGAAUUUUUCUUCACUCUUCAGAAUUCUCAAUUAGAAUUGGUAAAGUACAGGAUUUGUCCACUUCCAUAUGUGCUUAGUCCAAGUAUGACUUAGAGUCAAAAAGUUUAUAUUUGGUUCCAUACUCUGCACAUCAGGCUCAUAGGAAAUCACAGACCUUUGGUGCAAGGUCUGAGUUAUCUGUCCUUGUGAGAAGUCCCCAUGCCUAGCCAACACUCACAGCCACAUCACCAACUAUUGUUUUUCUACAAACAGUAAAUGUUUUGGAAAUUAUAUGGGGAGGAAAAAGAUCAGAAAAGAUUGAAGGGAUAGGAUAGAAGAGCCAAGCAUGGUCACAGAGAGGUAAAAGGUAAGGAUUAAAUCAGCUUGAUAAUGUGUGUGGGGGGGAGUCUCAGCCCCUAUUCCAAGUCUCCAAAAAAGACCAAAGUGGAUUCUUUGAACAACGCAAAGUCUGAGCUAAAUUUCAUUCAAAUGUAGGGCGUUAGUUUGUGACCCAUUGAUUUUAACUUGGACAAGCCAUGGAAACGUAGAGCAAGGGUGCCACUUUGUGGGGAGAAGGAAGAAUUUCAACUAUCUAGGGUCCAUUUUGUUAUCUUUACCCUUUCUUAUUCAAUAGAUAGAUGGACUACACAUAAAAUGACCACAUUAGCCACAACUCUGUAUAUAUCCAGGCCCACUUUUUUAAAUUUGUAUGUGACCUACUCCAGUUAUAUUUCAUAAUAGUUUUGGAUUAGACCUGGGGAAAAAAAAGGAUAAGGAGUCACGUUCUUCUGUUUAAUCCCUGUCAUCUUAUAAGAAGGGUCCUGUGUUUUGUCCCCCCAAUUUCUUAUCCAGUAGAAACUGAAAACAGGUAAAACUUGGAGCCCAGCUGUGGGAUUUACAUCACCUCUCUUUUUGCUAUUCUUAUUCUAUCAACAUGGAAGCAAUUGCUUUUCAACAAGAGGAAGAAAAUAUUGUCUACCAUUAUCAAACUAUCACCCAUAUUACCACAUACAAAGAAUAUUCUGGAAUGUACAAACAGGGUUUAUAUGGUGAUAUGUACAUCUAUGGGAAUGUGCAAUGCAAGCAACAAAAGUGCAAGAAGAGGGGAGACCCGGGUGCACCCAACCAAAGCUCCUGUGCCAUCUACACUUCUAGUGACUUUUAGUGACCCCAGGGAAAAAUUUAUAUAUAUAUAUAUAUAUAUAUAUAUAUCUGGGAUCCUGAUAGGAUUACUAUGGAAAGGACAAUGGAAAAGUUUAGAUUAUCUAUUUAAAACACACGCACACACAUAUACACAUGAUAUAGAACUGUUUUCUUGAGGAAAACAUCCAAAUUCCUAGAUGUAUAUCAAGCUCUGCCUUGGGUAAUCCUGCCAGAGAGAGAGGCAGAGGAAUGGUUAUCCUAAGCCUAACCCAAUCCAGGGAGGCUGUGACCCCCACGAGCACUUUGAGCCCAUGGUGCCCACCACUAUGGCCACCAUGCUCAGUCUGUCUUUUCACAAGAAUAACAAUGAGGAUGUUUCCAUCUCAUACUUCAUUUUAAGAUAUUUUGUUCUGUGUUGGCAACAACUGUUCAUUACUGCCUUGGGAAGGAGAAAAGACAGUUUCUGUGGUGUGCAAAAAGCCCCUUAGGCUAAAAUCUACCCAGUCAUAGUCAGUUUAUAGACAGUCAGGGUGAAGGGCUUGCCAUCCUUGCCUCUGGGGCCUAAUAUUUGAGCAACUCAAGUCACUGAUGGAGACAAGAUUCACAGAUCCCAGGGGUAACUCAUCCUCACUCCACGUGAUUAUAUGCUUCUCUUACCCACGCAUGAGACCAUGGAAGGCUUUUUGAAGUAUUUCUGUUUCUUUGUUCCAAAGUCACAUCUCUGUUUCUUCUUUUUCCUAAUAAUUAGGGGCUCUGAGGACCACUUGCCCAGGGUUGGCUGACUCAAAUGAUUAGCAUGGCAGCCUUCAAUGAGACACACUGGGGAAUGGUCAGUGAGGAGAAUGGACAGAUCUUGGGUAAAACAAUGGGAAGAGGUAAAGAGCUCUUCUUUGUUUUCUCUUUCCAUUUCCUCCAUUACAAGGUGUUGGACUUGGCACUUCAUCUAUUCUGUGAGAUCACUAGAGUGUGUCAGUUAGCAUCCAAAGGGAUAGUUUGAUUGAAAACAUAGUGUAAGGAGCUGAUCUACUGUAUUGUAAUGUAAAACAGCUACAGCCAGUUAUUUUAUAAGAUUAUAAGAUGUUCAUAAAUAAAAAACAGCACAUAAAAUA